CCAAGUCAAUGCAACGUGCAGUCUCCUCGAGACUCUCGUGAAUGACCCUAAAUUCACGUCGUGUUCUCUAACAUUACAUGAAGUUGAAUUGUGUGGACUGCUCGUAGAGAAGCUACAACUGUUGGACGGAACAUCCAUGGAUCCUAUUCAGGAGCUGAAGGAAAAGCCAGCUAGGGGGUCUAUGAAGAAACCCAAGGAGCAUAAGAAAGGUAAGAAAGAUAAGAAACGUAAGAAAGGCGACGAUGAAGGAGCAGAGAGCAAGAAGCACCGGAAAGAUAAGGAGAAAGAGUCCGCUGCUGAAGGUGGAACACCAACACCAACAACAACAACUGGUGGAAAAGAUGGCAAACCUCCCAAAAAGUCAAAAGGAGGAAAGUCGAAGCGUCCCGAAGGACCGCAAGUUUCUCCAGACUUGCUGAAUGUGCUCGACAAGGAAACAAAGAAGGAAAAGAAAGGGAAGAAGAAGAAAAAAAAGAAAAAGGAACCAGCAGCGCCUACCCGUCCGUCUGCGGCGGAUGAGAACGAAGGACCAGCUCAAGGAUCGAGUAGUGAACCCGGGGAAGAGCCAGAGCCACCAGAAGGACAAGGUAUUGCAGGAACAAGCACUAGUCCACGUGGCCGCCCACGUGCUGGACGAGAAACUGUAGCACAGAGUACUGAACCAUUGGAUACUGGGCCCGCGAGAAAGCAACCAGAGGUAUUGUAUACUCCACCAUCGGCGGCAGUCCCCCAGCCACCAGUUCCACCUCCUCUGACGGUACCUCAGCCACCAGUUCCACCUCCUCUGACUGUACCUCAGCCACCAGUUCCACCUCCUCUGACUGUACCUCAGCCACCAGUUCCACCUCCGAUGACGGUACCUCAGCCAUUAACUCCGCCUCCGGUGACGGCACCUCAGCAACCGUCACCGCAACCUCAACUGUAUGCUACAGAGCCAGGCAAACCUCAACCGCUACCACCACAACCUCCUAUAUCCGACGCAACAAAAUUCGAGCAACGUCCUUCGCCGUCAUACGCGUCAGCUGCAUCAAAUGUGCCACCCGCGCCCGUCAACGCGAAAGACAUUGCUUCGGGGUACGAUGUCGAGAUGCAAACCCUCGAAGAUGUUUCGAGACGUGCAACACAGGACAGAGCCUCUGGAGCAACACCUCCUCAAUCGGUUAUCACACCAGAGAGAACGUCGUUCUUGGGUUAUGCAGAGCCCAGGUCUGCCUUACAAAUUCCCGACACCACCGGUCAAUCCAAAAUUUUCGUAGCACAGACACGGGCGCCUUCCCCAGGAGCAACUGUUCGUGUGGAGGUGGUUGUGGAAACCAAUCCGCCAGUUCCAGCUGCGACCCAGAGUUACGUAGAACGUACAGUACCAGCAGUACCUCAGCCUAAGUUUAUCACCAAUGAAAUAUUGGUACAGGAAGAACAAGCUAAGUGGGAUCGAUCUAGGACGGCGAGCGGUGCCUCGACACCGGCUUCCUGUAGACCUGCACGUGAACGUGAUGAAGUCAAGUUUAGCGAUAAAGUCCCCGAGCCUGUAAAGAUUCUCAAUGAUGGCGCCGAUCUUAGAAUGCCUGCUAAUCUAACCCUGCGAACACCUAAGGAAGAAUCUGGAGCAGAAAUAUCCAGUACGGAUCUAUCCUCCCAACAGUUUUCGGAUACAGUGAGUUCCAGCGUAAGGCACGUCCCCAGCACGGAGGAGGACUUGGUGUCUGCAACGUCUCGUCGGGUGCGAUGGGCUGCAGCCAUGGCAGAAAACCUCCGGUUCGCCGCAAACGAGAUUCAGCAAGUUCCCUUCGAGAAGCAAGAAGAACAGUUGCAUAGAGAUUUGUUCGCAACAGAACUUUUACGACGUGCUGCACUUGCCAGUAAGGAGGCACGCGUAGCAUCCCUAGCCCUAGUUAGGGCACAAGAAAAGUCUAUGGAAUCGCGCGUCUCGGAACAGAAGCUGUUGAAGGUCGACAGAGAAGGGAGUCUCUACGAACGGGACAUACCAGGAGGCCCAUUUCUUGUACACCCUGGAGGGAAAGGUAUGUCAGCUGAAACAAUCGGGGAUUCUCAAGAGGGGUUCACAAUGAGUUCAGAAGUGGUCAAAGAAAAUUCGUCCACCCAAACCUAUGCCCGCACCGCUGAUGUUGGCACUCAAGCAGAAGUUGAAGAGAGCAAGCCGUCGAAGCGGCACAGGCCACAGAAAGAUUGGCGCCCCGUAGAAGACAAAGCCACAGCCCCCUACGUAUCGUUUAACAUGGGAAGGGAAGAUUCUACAGAAUCGACCUGGUGCUCGACAAAGCGAUUUGAACCUCGUAGAAAACGUGGCCGUCGCAGUCGCCGAAGUCGACCGAGCUCUACCAUCAGCUCGCCCGCUGCUGAUGAUGUCUGGGGUGAAAGGUCGCUCGACUUCAAACGCAGCAAACACAUGGAAGAUCGCUUUCCUGAAAGCAGCAAACGCAGUAUGCCCAACAUGAUGACAUAUUGGGCUCAAGUUCAUGCAGAAGCCGGAGCUCAAGCCAUACGGGAGACAUCCCAGCAAUUUCGAGACCUAAAAUUCACCACGCAAUCUGAAAAGCCAAAGGCGGAUAAGCCAUCUGUGAAGUUCAUCUCUUCUUCCGAAAUGGGCAUGGAUGUUAUAUAUGACUCUAAGUACCUUGAUUUACCGCACACCGUCGGCUCAUUAGCUAUUGUUAAAUCGCAGUCGCCACAAGCUGCAAAGACCUUUGACUUACCUCGCCCAAUUUUCAAGGGGGCAAGCCCAAUUACGUCUGUUGGUAGCAUGUCACCUGUGACAGUUUAUGGAGAUGCCGGAUCGGUGACGCGACUUCAACCUACUGCCGUUCGGUCGGGGGUUACCAGUGCUGAUGGUCUCCUGUGUCGACCUGAACGUCUUCCGGAGGCUCUGGAAGCUGCUGGUUAUCCAGACGUUACGGGUGUCGUCAGUCAUACACCGCAAUAUCAAACACUGUCUCCAGACCGUGGAGUGCGUAUGCUUGAGAACAUGGCAGCUAACCAAGCCCUUAUUUCUGCCGCCGCUGCUCCUCAGGUGGUAUCUCGGCAACAGCUGGAAGGUGAUAGAAUAAACGCUCAGGAGCGUAGGAACCAAUACCAAGAAUUCUGGCGCGUGGUACAUACCAAGGACACACUCUACCCAGAGUUCAGCGUGGCAUGUGGCUUGGCAUUUCUGACCGUGGCCUGGAUUAUGUUUGCUCUGGCAAGCACUGCUAUGCACCACGAUAAAGCCAAAUUUCUACUACGAGGUGCGGCAGUUAGAAGCGUUGAAACUGACGCUACUUCGUCCACAAGUGUUCCAGUAACAUACGUUGUGGACGACUACAGCGACCCUCCUACGAGCGACAUGUCAAGCGAGACGUCAGCGACAGCGUCUUCAGCGUCCUCGGGUUCUUCAUCUUCAGUGGCUUUCACAUCUGACUCGACGUACGCCUGUAAAACAGAUGUUUGCGUCAAAGAAGCGGAAUACUUGCGCAAUGUUCUCGGAACAGGCCCGUGCGACAAUUUUUAUGACUACGUGUGCAAGAAGGCUUAUGUGGACAAGCUUCCUCAUGCAGGAGUAUCGAUAUCGGCUGACGCCAUCCUUUCUGAGCAUCUCGAAGACAUUGCCCUCAAACACUUGAAUGAUGGAGCUAAUGCAGAUAUUAAGCUGGCACGGGACAUGUUGAGGGAGUGUCAAAAUUCCCAUGCGUCGGACCACAGGGAAGAGAUGAAGAAAAUAGUGUUAUUUUAUUCUAACACCCUCGAUUGGCCGUUGUUAGAUAUUGUGCCGGACGACACACCAUGGAAGAUGGCCGGUCGCAUGCUGCGAGAUCUUGGCAUUGCAGCGCUGCUAACUGCCUUCAUCGAGACCAGCGCUGACACCCCGCCGGACAGCGUAAUUAUCAUAGACGCUCCGUUUCAGCUCGUUAAAGAAACGGGCAGUCAAAAUGUCUUGGACAAAAUCCACGACGCCGCGGAGCAAAUUGCCUCACUCACGAAUCCCCCCGCGAGUGCCGAGGACAUUGCUGAAGACAUAACCGAAGUAGCUCGGCUCUUGGGAACGUCCGUCCUUGGACUGCCCCACAAGAAACAUUACCGUUUCCCUGUCGUUGUACCACUGAGCAACUUCAGCUUCACCAUUAAGCCAAUGCUGGAAAUCGCCUAUCCAAAAGACCUGCCCUCACUCGUAUUUGGCAAGUCAUCCGACAUCAUUCUUUCUGUUACUGCUAUAGUGAGAGGUAAUCCAACAUCUGUAGUGAAUUACCUGGGAUUCUGGAUAUGGCUUUAUUUUGCACCGUACAUGAACAUUCAGGGUCUGUCCGACAUUUAUCCGCUGACGCUCACGGUCCCUCCAGUCAGCGGGGGCCGACACUGUUCGCGCCUCGUCGAACGCGCCAUGCCAAUGCAAUACAUGCGCGCUCUAGCGACUGAAUUGAGUUCCAUGACUCCAGCUCGCAUGUUCACAACGCAAGUGGAAAAUCGCUUUCUCCGACAGCUUCCCCGGUUCAGUUGGUUGAGCCCCAACAGGGCUGACACCGUGGACGCACAUGUGGCGAAAUACAUUACCCGGAAAAUACGAGUAGCCCACUUUUUCCCCUUCCGGACAAGGAACGAUGUCACUUGGGCCGCAUACGAGAACGCCACGAAGCAAGAAAUCUCGAAUGCAAGUGGACCACUGAAUAGGGUUAUAGCCACGGCACGUACGUGGCGUCAGGAAGACGGCCUGGGUUCCAUAUUCAACAUGCAGGCAAUCUACAGAAGAAAAAAGCAGCUUCUCUACAUACCCGUCGGCAUAGUGAACGUGAGCCUGCCCACCAACAGUACAAUGUUCGUCUUCCACGUUGCACGCUACGGAGUCCGCAUAUAUCGAACCCUUCUAACCACUCUUCGUCCGAGUGUGGUCGGACAGCUUUCCUUCAGUACUGCCUACGAAACGGACCUGAAGCACAUGCACCGUUGUCUGGAAAACGAUUUCAGGGAUGUCCCAGCGGGCAUGACACGUGGUAUCUCGAGAGUACCGCCACUAAACGAGGUUUUGGAACAGACAGUAGCCGUGAUGCUCACAUACGACGCCUUCAAAGAGAUGAUGAACACUCAGCGACUGUGGGGCGCAGACUUCAGGCUGCAGGGUUUAGAAGCCUUGACCUCUGACCAGCUGUUCUUCGUUAUGUUUGCUAUGGACAACUGCGAGCGCAGUCACGAAUCAGCCAUCGAUAGACAGAAUGCAGUUCCGGCAUCCCUUCGGCCUUCCCUCCGUCAGUCGAUGGAAGCUGUCAAUCAAAUCCUGACCUACGUCGAGAUCAGGGUAGGAGGAGACCUCCUAGCAAUCGUGGACCUCCUGGAAGCCAUAGCAGAGGCCUCGAAGAAUGGGUCUUCACAGCUGAAUGCCACCAACGCCGUGCUCAUCGGACAAGAUACAGCUGAUACUGCUGACAAGUUGCUCACUCAUGACGAUCCUUGGAUAGAAGUUCCUUUGCAAACGAGGCUCAGCUGUGCAACAACGCUUCUGGAAACAGUGGAUGGCGCAGGUAUUUUGCUCAGCGCUAGCGGACGCCGAAAUUUCCUGAAGAAAAAUUUCAAAAUGAACAUCGUUUCAAGCGCGUCCAGGAACGUCCUGGGCGAAGUCAUCACUCUACCACAGGACGGGAAAGUAUCCACCCUCUCAACAGGCACUGUGCAGAUCCAUCUAGCUGCAAACAAACAGUCACCAAAAUUGUACAACCAGACUGUAGUAAUCGUAUACACCGAGUUUCCUCGAUUGGACAGGAUACUCGGCAUUCAAGAGGACGAAAAUUACUGCUGUGGAGAACUGCGACAGGAGCUCAACUCCCCGGUAAUUAGUGCACGUGUCGGUACGGAGAUUUCGAGUACUCUCCACCUGGCGGAGCACGUCAUCAUUACCGUACCCAUGCUGCAGAGGAAUGCUCGACAUCCCACCUGCGUUUUCUGGGACACUAUCAUCAAUGACUGGAGUCCUGAAGGCUGCGAGGUGGAGUCACAGAACGGUACCCACGUGGUCUGUCUCUGCAGGCACCUGUCCAACUUCGCCGUUCUCAUGGACAUCCACGGCGUUCUACGAGACACUCCCCAUGGGCAAUCUCUUGCAAUCAUUACCUCCGUUGGUUGCAGCAUCUCCAUCAUGUGCCUGGGCUUCUGCAUUAUUAUUUUCGGAGGGUUCAGGGCUCUGCGGAACACACGGACCUCCAUACACCUCAACGUGUGCUUGUCUCUGUUCGCAGCAGAACUCGUCCUCCUGUACGGAAUGGACCAAACAGAAAAUAAGACCGUCUGCGCUGUGAUGGCAGGAGUUCUGCACUACUCUUUUCUGUCUGCAUUUUCAUGGAUGCUUCUGGAAGGCUUCCACAUUACGUUCCUACUGGUAAAAGUGUUCAACACAUCGAGACAACGACCCCUGCGUUAUUAUGCCUUCGGAUAUGGACUUCCGCUCAUCAUCGUUGCCACCACGGCGCUGAUAAGACCUCACGGCUACGGAACGUCUCAACACUGCUGGCUUUCGCACCAGGAUGGAGUCUUUUGGAGCUACACCGGUCCUGUUGCCUUCAUACUUCUGGUAAAUAUCGCCGUUUUGUUGUUCACCAUUCGCACGACAUCGCGACUCUCAAAAGCUACAACUGCGAACGCCAGAGCGGAAACUGCAAGACGAUGGAUUAGGACAACGGUCAUCAUGCUUCCUCUUCUUGGAUUGACAUGGAUACCAGGAUUCUUGCUCUUCGACGAUAGCACCGGUUCCGUGGUCAUGACAUACUUCUUUUGCGUCCUGAACUCCCUACAAGGCUUUGGGUUCUUCCUGUUCCACUGUGCCCUGAACCGAAGUGUACGAAGAGUACUGCUUAACAAGCUUGAGUCAGUGCAGUGCGUCAGACGCUACGUAAAUAGCCGGCUGAGAAGAAGCAGUACCUCCGACGAAAGGUACACUUCGUCUUCGCUGUCGUCGGAUGGUCGUAUGAUCGCAACCAUCUUUGGGAGGCGCAGAAGCCUGUCUUUCGACACUACGGAUUCGUCUGUUGAUGAUCCCAUGGCUGGAAAGUUCACACCUACCCUCGUCACCUCGGGCGUCCUUCCUUACUAUGCCUCCGGUGACUUGAUCAAAGAAGAACCGGAGAAGAAAUAACAUGCCCCUAUAAUCGACUGGGCAGUACCCAAAGUUUCCGUCUGAGACACACUCUCUCUGUUCUUGCAGCUCUACGAAAUAAACUCCUAGCAAAAUA